AGACCAACGCCAAAUUCGUGCUGGUUAUUGAGAAAGAGGCCACGUUUCAACAUUUGCUUUCAAGUGGAAUAUUGAAACAAUUUGGGCCGUGCAUCAUAAUUACUGGCAAGGGGUAUCCGGAUGUUGCCACACGACAACUAGUUAAAGUACUAGGGGACCAUCAGCGAAAUAAGGAUAAUUUGCGUGGAAGCAUGGCCAGUUCGAGGUCGGAAAGUUGGAUGCCCAUACUUGGAUUUUUCGACAACGAUCCAUAUGGUGGUUCUUUCUUUUCAAUAUUUUACUCAUUGAGUCCCAGCUCUCAUCAUUUUCUGAUGUUUAUCACUCGGACUUUGCUUACUAUUGCAGGCAUAGAAAUUCUGAGCAUAUACAAAUUUGGAUCCCAGGCGAUGUCAUUCGAUAAUGAAAAUUUGGCAACAACUAAUAUCAAAUGGAUUGGAUUGCACU